AUGGAGGAACUGGCCGCAAAGCUGUCGUCCAUGUCCAUGCGCGAACGACUCAUCCUAUAUGGUCAAUCCGCGCUGAAUGUACCUUCAGUCUCUGCGGAGCACACCUAUGUCGUUCUUGCCACUAUCGCCGCGCCAAUACUCGCCUACGUCGCGGAGGCUGCGUUCGUCGGAACGCUCACAAUGUACAACUCCGGCCUGAUGCAUAGACGCAAGUUCGCUAUGUACACUCUGGCACUCGCGGCUGCGGUGGAGAUGUGGUGGCUGCACAUGGGAGGAGGAGCCACUGCGACUAUACGGCAAUAUCAGCCGACAUUCCUGCCGCACGCGUAUGCAUGGUCGGCUCGCAACCUCUUCUUUCUCGUCUUCCCAGCCGCACUUACAUUCUUCCCGCCGUUGCACAAGGUUCCAAUUAUCGGUCUCUUCGUCCGAAGACCGCAGGCCGGAGCUGCCAUAUCCCACGCGCAGCUGGCGUUAGGACUCGAAGUCCUGUCGGAUCGUCUCUCAUUCCUACGUUACGGCUCGGGCGCCAUUCGCCGCGACGAGAGUCUGGCAGAGCGUGCCGAUGCACACUGGGCGACGGAGCGCGAGGUGGCCGCGCACAUGUGGAACAAUCCUGGCGUACGCGAGAAAGCCCGCCAGCUUGGGAUUGAUGUAGACUCUCUUGGAAAGAGCGGUCGUGGGAUGGGUGCUGACGUACACAAUGAAGUGAUGAGGUGGACGCGCGUGAGCGUUGGUGCCCAGACGAGCAAUGGAAACGCAGCUGCGCGGUGA